AUGGCGUUCGAGGAAUUUGGAGACCAGCAGUACGCCAUGGCCCGCUACAGCGAGAUGCCGACGCACCUGGACGAGGAGGGCAUCGGCGUCUCGGACGACCUGGAAGAGGAGCUCUCGCCCGAGAACGGCGAGGUGGACAACGAGCAAGAAAACGACGCAGAAGACGACUCGGACGAGUUCGGAGGGCCGUCGGGCGCGUUCAGCAACGUCGGCCAGGGCCUGAGCGGCAAGUACAAGAACAUGAUGAUGCAGUACUGGCAGGAAACCAUCAACUCGAUCGAGCACGACAACCACGACUUCAAGAACCACCAGCUCCCGCUGGCGCGGAUCAAGAAGGUGAUGAAGACCGACGAGGAGGUCAAGAUGAUCUCUGCGGAGGCGCCGAUCCUGUUUGCCAAGGGCUGCGACAUCUUCAUCACGGAGCUGACGAUGCGGGCGUGGAUCCACGCCGAGGAGCACAAGCGCAGAACGCUACAGAAGUCCGACAUCGCGGCGGCGCUCCAGAAAAGCGACAUGUUUGAUUUUCUGAUCGACAUAGUGCCCCGCGAGGAGGAGAAGCCGCGCAAGAAGCACUCGCAGCACCUUGCGAACCUGCAGAGCCCGAUGGACCCGGACUACCAGAUGCGCUACCAGCAGCAGUACAUGCAGCAGGUGUACUCGCCGAUGCCGAUGCAGAAGGGCGACAACUACGAGUACUAG